AUGCGCCUCGCUCAAGUGCUCGCAGUCUGCGGCGCCGUCGCAAUCCAGGCUGUUGCUGCCGGCCCAGACAAUGCCGUCACGGUCCAUGUCAUGACGGCCUCGGGGUCAUUGGACAAUGUCUUAUGGCCCGCGCCCGAGUCGCCGAGCACUCCCGGGCACAGCGCCAAUUCGACGACCACAGCUCAAUGGGCCUCUUCAAAUUCAACGAGAUCUGCCACAGUCACCAAGACCAGCGCAACACAGGCCAGCCAAUCGACCUCGCAAUCCCCAGACACGACGGCGGGGGCCACCAUUCCCCAGCAUGCCGAGAGCUCCAUGGUUGGCCUCCUCGGCUUCUUCAUCGUCGGACUGUUAGUCUUAUAG